CCACGAUUAGUCGAAAGUGACCGAUGCAUCGUUGAAGAACCAGGAAAACAAACAAGCAGACGCAUUGGGGGAGAGCGGGUAGCGCCUGGCAACAGCGUCGUCUCGCACUGGAAGACGUCCGGGUGACUGGUUUUUCGCGCCGGCCGCAGCCCCGUGCCCCUGUUUUUGUCCAACCGCGCGCCCUGUUUUGUUGACAUGGCCCGGACUCGAUAAUCGGACACCCUCCGUCGCCGGCUCCACGGGGCCGCCCAUGCGGGACGCUCGCUAUCUGUCCGUUUAGCGAGUGACUGCGGGCGGAGGGGCUCGCCGCGGAGAGGGAGCGCGCUCGGCCGCGCCGGGCGGCUCGCGUCAGUCGCCGGGAGCCGAGGGACCGGUUGAGGACGGGGCGUCAGGAUCUCCGUGCGCGUGCCCCGGACAACGCUGCGGGAAGACACGAUAAGCUAGGUGCCAGCGGGAGUUCAGUCUUCGACCGGGCCGGACUGAACUUAUAAACAUGGCUGCAUCACGGACCCUUCUGUUCGCCGUCGGAGCCUCGCUGCUCAUUUCAGCCGGCUGCGUUCUCAAGGAGAAGCGGCUGCACGCCGAUCUCCUGGCUGGGUACAACCGUCAGACGCGUCCCGUGCUGAACGAAUCGGACACGGUUCAUCUGCAGAUGGGUCUCGGCUUGAUCGACUUUACCAUCGACCCCGUCUCCGAUGUCAUGGAAUCCCUUGUUUGGGUUCGGGCGAUGUGGGUGGACGAAUACCUACGGUGGGAGCCGAGCGAAUACGACGGCCUCACCAAGAGCUUCUUCAACCCCAAUCACAUCUGGAUGCCCGAUAUCUGUCUCUAUAACGGUUGGGACACGUCGUGUCACGUGAUGGCCAAACUCUCAUCGAACGCGAUCGUCGACUCGAAGGGAGGCGUGCUGAUCGUGCCGCCCGUACGGCUAUCGCACCGCUGCGAACUCGACCGCACCAACUGGCCCCGCGAUGUGGCCUCGUGUCGGCUCAAGUUUGGCUCGUGGACCUACGACGGUAACCGACUCAACGUCAGCUACUACGGCGGCAAUGCGGCGGCUGCUGCGGACGUCUCCGAUUUGCUGCAGUCGAGUGAGUGGGAGGUGGCCAACUUCACGGCCGAGCGCGAGGUCAAGUACUACGACUGCUGCCCGGAGGCCUAUCACUCCAUCACGUUCAUGAUCACGGCGCGGAGGAACGAGCACCGCACCGCCGAGCUCUCCGUGCCCAUUGUCUGUUCAUCGGUUUUGAUGCUGCUGUCGUUCCUGAUCCCGGUUCAGUCGCCCCAGAAGCUGACGUUCUGCUGGGUGAGCGUGCUCAUCACCGUGCUGGGACUCUUCAACAUGUUCAGUCGGAUGCCCAGUGACGCCCACGGCACCGCAUCCAUUGCGUCGUUUUACGUGGUGUUCGUGGUGCUGCUGCUGGUGUUCACGCUGCUGGAGGUGCUGGUGGUGCUGCUGAGCCGGCCGCGCAGCACGCCCCUGCCGCGCUGUCUGCGCGCCUGUCUGUCCGGCCUGGUCGGCCGCCUGCUCUGUCUCGACACGCCCCUGUUCCACGACUACUCUCAGGAGGAUAACGAGAUGCUGGACGCGCCGCACGAGAACGGCGGCGAGAUGAAGCACAUGGUGAAGGACAUCGGCAAGACAUACGAAUGGGCGCUGCUGGCGGGAGCCGCCGACCGGCUCUGCGGCCUCGCCUUCCUCCUGAUCGUGGCCGUUAGCGUGCCGCCCAGCAUCACCUGGGCUUAGGGAGGUCCUACACGGGCUGGGAGGGAGUCUCAACUCGGCCUAGGGAUGCCCUACGCGGGCUGGGGCGGCCUUAACCUGAAUGGGAGGGGGCAGCCUUACCUGGGCCUAGGGAGGCCUUACGCGGGCUAGGGCGGCCCUACGCGGGCUGGGGGCGGCACUACCCUGGCUGGGAAGGGGAGGUAGCCUCACCUGGGCCUAGGGUGGCCCUCUGCGAGUUGGAGGCGGCCCUACACGGGCCUAUGGUGGCCCUACUUGGGUUGGGGCGACCCUACCUGGGCCUAGGGUUGCCUUACAUGGGCUGGGAGUGGCUCUACGGGGCUCAGGGAGGCAUUACACGCGCACGGGGCGGUCCUGUGUCGACCUGGUUUCGCUCCACACAGGUAUCUUGCGGCCAUUUACGGACCUGAGACGGUCCUUCAUGGGCUGGUGGAGGUCUUACACCGGCCAAGGGUGGCUCUACACAAGCUCAGGGCUGCUCUAAGCGGGUCCAGGCAGCCUUACACUAACCUAAGGUGACCCACGUGAACUUAGGGCGGUCCUGUGCAUGUCUGGGUGCGCCCUGUACUGACCUGUGGAGCGACCCAGUAGCAAGUGCAGUGCGACAGAGCGGACCCUAGACCGACGACAUACUCUGGCCUAGGAAUACUUCAUACAGACUUACAUAGUUGCCCUCCCCUUCAUUGCUGCUAGCUCGUGUUACGAUGAUCUUAAUGCAUAUCAGUUUGAUCCAAGGGCAUUCCGAGGCAUCGCAAUAUGAACUGAGCUCUAUUUCAGCGCAAUGCUAGACAUUUGGAGCGCUAUUCGAUUCUGUUUUAGUUGCGGUGACUUCUGACAGUUUGUACGAUAAAGUUUUGAAAAAUGAAUGAUAGGUUGAUGUGUCGCUAAAUACCGAAAUAGUGGAAAUGCUGCGAGUGAACGUAAAUGUAUCCGUAGCGUGUCCAGUGUCCUCUGUAUUUUACUCGUGGAAAAUAACAUCCUGGGUGACAAAGUCGCUGGAACGAGUAGAUAAAAGAGUCACCAGAAUGGCCAAGAUGGUUUACCUUCUUACCUUUUUCAUAUUCAUUAUAAACGCUGACACUAAAUAUGCGGUGUUAGCUCGUUCGGAUGCGUCCUCACUCAUUGAUAGGUCCCAUGUAAUAGCGUGCACGAUAUUAUCUCAUUCCCUCACCACGUAUUCAUCAGGUUUAGUUGCAUGUGCAUGAGGUACCAUAGCGUACGUUCAUUGUCUAGCGUUAUACCAGGGUUACAUCAGGGAGACAGACUCUGCGACGCGUCCAAAAAGUAACUCGCAUGUUAGACACUAAUCUACGUUGCUAUGAUAGAACAUCAAGGAGUCUGACAUGGGGCUAGCUCAGUUAUUUUUCCCGCUGUUUAGCUACGUUGGUUGUGUUCUGUAGUUUUCAGGAACUGCACUAACGUUUCGGCUGUAUAUACGGCUGGGUGUUCUGUCCCGUUACACCCCAAUCGUGGUCAGGUCAGGUCAGCUCACGUUGCGGCCUGUCUUUCUGUGUGAGCCGUCUUCAGCGUGUGUAGACAGUAAGGGUCCAAAUGUGAAGCUGAUGAAUUGUACGGGACCAGGUGCUCCUUAGCUAGACGUGCUCGUGUGUACCGCUCCAAUACAUUAGAAUACAAUAAAAUACGGAAUCGUGAA